AUGGCGGAUCCAGUGACUGUGCUAGGAAUAGGCAUCAAAGCCGUAGGGUGGGUCAUAUCGCCCAUCAUCUCUGAGCUUUUCAAGAAAUGCUCCAACUAUCUCAAUUUUGACACGUCCGAGAAGCUGCGGCAACUUGGGCCAAAAGUUGUACUGCUUGAGCGGGUGAUGGAAGUAUUUGAGAAGAUCCCCGAAAGAAUUCGUAUGGUGCAGCUGUUUGAGGAUCUUAAGUCUGCUUUCUAUGAAGCCGAAGAUAUCCUGGAUGAUUUUGAGUAUCACUGUCUCGAGAAGAAGGUCAGAGAUGACAAGUUCAAGUCAGACGGCAGCGUCUCUGUACCUAUGGGAGGUUGGGUGAAGAAACUCCUGCCUAAAGGCUCCCCCCGAAGAAAUAAGGAGACUACUAUUCCAAAAAAGGAUUUGAAAGUUAGCCUAGAGAAGAUAGAAGACAUUAUAAACAAUGCUUACAAAUUUGUAGAACAUCUGAACAUGUUGACCCUAGGUGAUUGUAAUGGAAGCCAAGCUGCUCCUGCCAAUUCAGGAUGUGCAGUCACUACUGCGGCACCUCCACCAAUAGUAUUUGGCCGUGAUAAAGAUUGUGACAGGAUCAUAGCAAUGCUUCACGAGAAGGAAGGUGAGGGUGAACCAAACUCCAAUAAUGGUCUAUGUUAUUCUGUAGUUGGCAUUCACGGCAUUGGUGGGUCUGGGAAAUCAACCCUUGCACAGUUAGUUUGCGCCCGUGAGAAAAAGGAUAGCCGAGAGAAAAUGUACAGCCAUUUCAAUCUUGUUAUGUGGGUUCAUGUUUCUCAGAGUUUUAGCGUUGGUGCCAUUUUCAAAGAAAUAUUUGAGGCGGCUACAGGUAAUUCGUGCCCUCAACUCAAUAAUCUUAACACUCUACAUGGUAAGCUGGAGGAGAAACUGCAAGGAAAACGGUUUCUCUUGGUACUAGAUGAUGUCUGGUGUAAUAUUAGGGAUGAGAGGAAGCAGGAGGACCUGCGGCAGUUACUUUCUCCGCUGAAGGCUGGAGAGGCAGGAAGCAAGAUCCUGGUGACUAGUCGAACUGAAGAUGCAUUAUUAGUCAUGGGUGCUACAAAACCAAGUUGUGUUGCCAUAUCUGACCUGGAUGACAAUGUCUUCGUUCAUAUGUUAAUGCAUUAUGCUCUAGAAGGCACAAUUGUGGAUGAUCAUGUUCGAGGAAGACUUGCAGCGAUUGGUGCUGACAUUGCGAAAAAGCUGAGGUUGUCACCUCUAGCGGCGAGAAUAGUGGGAGGACGGCUAGGUAGGAGACCUACUGCUGAGUUUUGGACAACAGUUAAAAACGGGAAGCUUGUGGAUGGUACCAUGGGAACUCUGUGCAUUUUUCCCAGAAGACAUCAUUUGAUACGCGAUGAGUUAGUUAACUUGUGGGUGGCAGAAGGAUUUAUAAGAAGUACUAAUGAAGGGGAGGAAAUGGAAGAUGUUUGCCGUGGAUACUUUGAUGAACUAGUGUCAACCUCAUUCCUGCAACCAGGAGGCAAAGACUUCUACAAUGACAAGGACUACUAUUUAGUUCAUGAUCUGCUGCAUGAUUUAGCAGAAAUUGUUGCUGGAAGUGAUUGCUUUCGAAUUGAAAAUGUCUCGAUCCAGAGAGAACUCUGGAGGGGAAAAGGCCAGAAAAGAGAUGGCGGGAUAGGAGAUGUUCCUCAAGAUGUUCGCCAUCUUUUUGUUCAGAAUUAUGACGGAGAGUUGAUUACUGAGAAGAUUUGUAAAUUGGAAAAUUUACGCACUCUCAUCAUUUAUACUGUUCGAGCUGGUACAACAGUUGAGAAAAAGGUAACUGAAAGCAUAUUCAAAAGGCUGCGGAAAUUGCGGGUACUAGCUAUAGCUUUGAAUCGGGAAGAUGAUGCAUUAAUCAAGGAACCUGAUAUGUUAUCAGUCCCAGAAUCUAUUAAUCAGUUAAAGCAUCUACGCUAUCUUGCUUUACGGACAAACAUGUCAUGCAGGGUAACUUUACCAGACACUCUAACCAAGCUUUACCAUAUGCAGUUGCUAGAUUUUGGCCAGUGCAAAAAAAUGGUAUUUCCCUCUGCUGAACUUAUCAAUUUGCGGCAUGUAUUCUGCUCGAUAGUUCUGGACUUUCCUUACAUAGGCAGGCUGAUCUCACUCCAAACCAUACCAAACUUCACUGUGUGGAAUAUACAAGGAUAUACGAUAAAACAGCUGAGGGACCUAAACAAGCUUGGCGGCAGCUUGGAGAUCCGGCAUCUUGAAAAUGUUAAGAGCAAGAUUGAAGCUCUCGAAGCCAAUCUAGCUGCAAAAGAACGACUCACACAUCUCUCACUUGGUUGGGGUGUUGGUGCAAGGCGCCGUAAUCUAAAAGCUGAAGCAGAGGUAUUCGAGGGCCUUUGUCCUCCCAUGUGGCUUGAAUCACUGUACAUCUAUAACUACCGUGGUUUGACGUACCCAAACUGGAUGGUGGGUAAGCAGAAUGGCGGCCCGAAGGACCUGCAUCGGCUUCAGCUCCAUGGCUGGAGUCAACUGGGACCUGGUCCUGUAUUUGAGGCUUUCACUCAACUUUGUUCGCUCACAGUUUGGAACUGCAGCUGGAACGCUUUACCCGGCAAUAUGGACCACCUCACUUCGCUCAAGGCUCUGAUGAUCUGCGAAUGUUUGAAUAUUUGCUCGCUUCCAAUUCUGCCCCAGUCUCUUGAGGAGUUUACGCUCAAGUGGUGCAGUGAUGAGUUUAUGAGGACUUGUGAAACAGCUGGACAUCCAAAUUGGCAAAAGAUUGAGGAUAUUCCCAAGCAAAAAAUUAUAUUUCCAGAAGGUAACACCGUAUUUCCAUUUGAUGCCGUCUUUCCCAUUCUGGACUUGUACACCGUUGCAUGGGGUCUGUUUGUUUGGACUGCAGCUUCUGUAGCUGUUGAGCUGUGGAAAAUCAGCUGUGAGAAGCAGCUGUUGGAAGCAGAAAUUUAA